CUUCUCCCACAAACCAAAACAAUUCGAAAAGGAAAAAAAGAAAAUAAUUAGUUAAAAAAAAAAGAAAACGAAAAAGACACUUUUACUUUGUUUUAUUAUUUCAUUUUGCUUUCUCUCAUAGAAAAACAUGGCAAGGAUUUCACUAGCGUUAUGUCUGAUGUUAGUAGUAACAUCAAGUGUGAUUUAUGAAGCGCGAGGGCAUUUCUUGUUGAAGGAUUACUUGACGACUAAAUUUCCAAGCAAGAGCAGCGAAUUUACGCCAUACGUUAACACGGGUUUGACAGAGUUCUUGACCGACCUUGAACGUUUUUGUCCACCGACUCCAGAGUUCAAAAGUUUCUUCACAGAGUUCAAGUCUUUCUUUAGCUCCAUCGAAACGUCAUCGUCCACAUCACAAAACAUCGACAUGGAGAAAAAAGGUGACGGGCUUUUCAAAGCUGUGUCUGCAAUAACUGGUGGUGCAGGCCAAAAAUCUGCGGAAGCAGGGAGUUUCAAAUCUACCAUGAUCUCCAUGGCAAAGACUUUGGUUGAGCAGAAAAAGAGUACAACGGCGAUAACGUCUACUGAAAAGAAAACUCUAGUCACAUCGAUGGUGCAGUGGACUAAAACGAUUGCUACAACCGUGAAGACGGCUUGUGAGAAGAAGGGAAAGAAAAUCGAUAUAAACUCUUUUGGACUUAAUGUUGAUGUUAACUCUGUCAUGACUGUUAGUGAAAGCCGCCAGAGUAGCUCUUCAUCCUCCAAAUCCAGCUCUGAAUCCUCAUCAAAAUCUUCAAGUUAUGCCGCUAGAGCAGAGACUGCCGCUUCAGCAAAGGCUAAAGAAACCACCGGUGCUAGAGCAGAGAAGGGUGAGAAGAAGGGUGAAAAGAAGGCUGAGAAGAAGGGUGAAAAGAAGGCUGAGAAGAAGGCUGAGAAGAAUGAGCAGAAGGCUGCUACUUCAUCAGCCAAAACCAAAGAAGCCACCUCGACCAAAGCUGGUCCAAGUGCUUCGACCAAAACUGGAACCACUUUCAGAGACACGACAGGUGGAUAUGCGGGAAGCCCGAGAGGAAGUCCCACUGCUGCUAAGGAUAAAACCGCAGGAAGCCCCAGAGGAAGCCCCACUGCUGCUAAGGAGAAAACCUCUGUAAAAGGAACCGGAAAGGCUGCUGCUUCCGUGAACCAACAAUCCAACGCUGGAAGUGCUGCUGCUUCCACGAACCAACAACAAUCCAACGCUGCAAGCAGCAGAGGAAGUGCUGCAUCCACGAACCAAGAAUCGGCGAGCUCAAAGUCAUCAUCGACCACAUCAGUGACAGAAAUCGAGAAAGAGACUUCACAAGAAACAACGUCAUUCAUAUCAGGACUUGAGAAAAGGUUUGCACAAAAGGCAGAACUCAAACCCUUCUUCGAGAAGCUCAAGGCUUCCAUGACUGCCUCCUCAAGGGUUUCUUCCACCAAAUCCGAACAAGAAUAUACUAAUACAGCCAAAUCAACCACUGGUAAACUAUCUGAUGCCAUGUCUUUCGUGGGUUCAAGAUUUAGCAAAUCAGCAGAGAUGAAGAGCAACAUCCAGACUACCCAACAACAAUUGAUCAAGAAUCUUCAACAAUUUCAAAAUCUCAACAGCCAAAUCGUGGGCGAACAGAAAGUAUCAUCGACAAAAGAGACAGAGAUUAAGAAGACCAUGUCAAAGAUUGAACAAGUCACAACCCAGUUUGUUGAGACUGCUGCUUCUUCAAGCUCAUCUUCAUCUAAGCAAGAGACCGCUGCUUCUCAGCAGUCUCAGAAGAAGACCAUGGCCUCAUCUAAGAAAGAGACCGCUGCUUCUUCUCAGCAACAGACCCAGCAACAGACCCAGCAGCAGACCCAGCAGGAGAACGGUAUGGGUAGGCUCAAGACCAAUUAAGAAGCUGUACUAAUACGCGGAAAAUCAGCAGGAAUGACAAUCCAGUAAUGCCAAAUAUUUAUUAUAAUUAAUUAGUAGCUAAACUAUCAGAUAUUUUUUUUGUAUAUAAAACUAAGAUCGGUAUAGGCCAUCAGUGUCUAGCUAAAGACCGACGUAUGCAUGUAAUAACUCUGUAAGACAAUGCAGAUAGAAUGUAACCGCUCUGUAUGUUACACACAGAAGCGAGUGAUUCCUAUAAAAAGGAUUUUGAAUAA